UUUACCAUAGUUAAGCCAUACAUACAAGAAAAUGGCAAACCGAGGCCAGUCAUCAUUCCCGAGACAGGGAUACGACGACUACACCAAUAGUAAUAAUAAUAUGGCCGACAAUAGGAUCGCGACCGACGACUACAGCACCGGCGGUCCGACACAGACUACUAGACUACAAGUCCCGCCACAACAACAACAACAGCCCAUCCCUGGAAUGUUCGGCUCAUCGCUGGCCUUCCUCUGGACUCAUGUGAACAAAGAGUUGUUUAUAUCAAAGAUAUUUUACUUCUUCUUCUUCUCGGCCUUUGGCUCUCUCUUCCCAUUAAUGGCCGUAUAUUUCAAACAAUUGGGAAUGAAUGCCAUUCAGGCGGGCACACUUAUCGGCAUCAGACCAUUCGUGGAGUUCUUGGCGGCCCCGUUCUGGUCGUCGAUCGCCGACCGGUUCCACAAAAGCAAACUAUUCCUCCUGUUUUCGCUCGUCUGUUGGAUUGUAUUCACGUUUUCGUUGGCAUUCAUACGCCCGCCGGCGUCCGCCUGCGUUAUAUUCAACGAAACGCAUCACAUAUUGUUUACCCCGUACUCCGACUAUAACGGGGCCGGAGCCGACCCUAACGCCGAGCCCGAGACCGACAUUAGCGAGAAUACUAAUAUUGAUAGUAAACUGAGCUUGAUCCGCAAACGUCGCGGCACUGACGAAGAGGACCGGCGGGAAGAGGAGGACGAGUGGAUCCGGAAGUGGGGGUCCAAACACAAGCCCCCACCCACUCAUAUAGUGGGCAAAUCGCCGCUCACUGUCGAGUACACCCUUAACUAUAACCAGGAAAAGCACGUGUCGUACGUUUCGCCCCCCUUUUCAACGGUGGUCUAUAAGUUGGAUGACGUGAAGGAGGUUUUCUUCCUACUAUUACUGCUCAUACUGUUGGGCGAGUUCUUCAGCGCACCCGCCAUUACGCUGGCCGACUGCGCCACACUCAACUACCUGGGUGAGAACACGGACAAUUACGGUAAGCAGCGAAUGUACGGCUCAUUCGGUUGGGGUAUAACCAUGUUCUUCGUGGGCAUGGCGCUGGACAAUUCGACCAAGUUCACUGACCACCCGUGCGGCGCCCAUAUUGGCGAACGCAACUAUGUCACCUGCUUCACCAUAUUCGCUUUUUUGAUGGCCUGCGCACUCGUGGCCGCCACACAAUUCCGGUUUGAUUUCGAGCCCUCGGGUCCGUUGACUGGCGAUGACAUCCAAAUGAAACCGUAUGACUACGAGGCCUCUCAGGCCCGGCCCUGGCUUAACACCGCUCCGCCUAUUAAUAAGCCCCCGGAGCUGAUGGCAGCCGAUAAG